AUGAUGUUCAAGUCCGUUGAAAAUGCAUAUGACUUUUACAAUACAUACGGACGUGAAGUUGGAUUUAGUGUGAAAAUGGAUUAUUCCAAUAAAAACUAUAAAAUUGGAGAAAUUACUUCUGCCCAAUUUGUAUGUUGCAAGGAGGGUUAUAGAGAAAACGACAAAAAGGACCAUCUUACAAAAGAAGUUAGGGCAGAAACAAGGGUCGUAUGUGGUGCAUUCAUGCAUGUAAAAUUUGAAAGGGAGGAAGAAAUAUAUUUCGUAGAUAGAUUUGAAAAGAAGCACUACCAUAAACUUAUUAGAAAAGAUUGCACUCAUUUGAUGCCUUCACAAUGGAACAUCUCUGUAUCUCAAGCAGUUGACAUCGGGUUAGCAGAUGAUUCUGGACUACCAGUUGGUUCUUCAUAUGAACUAAUGGGACGACAAUCCAGGAUGUUGGAAAAUCCUUCAUUUUUUCAUGCGAUUCAGUUGGACAAAGAUGACUUGAUAACCAAUAUAUUUUGGACUAAUGCGAGGAUGAUUAUUGACUAUGGUCAUUUUGGAGAUAUUGUGUCGUUCGACACAACAUACAAGGUGAAUAAUGUGAAUCGACCAUUUGCAGCUUUUGUUGGUCUGAAUCAUCACAGAGAAACUGUUAUGUUUGGAGGUGCUUUGAUGUAUGAUGAGACAGCAGAUUCAUUUAUGUGGUUGUUUGAGACAUUUUUUAAGGCAAUGUCUCGUAAAUUUCUGAAGACAAUUAUAAGUGACCAAGAUGCGACUAUUACAAAAGCAUUAACAUUGGUAAUGCCCGAGACACACUACCAUCUUUGUAUAUGGCAUAUUAUGCAAAAUGGUACAAAGCAUUUGGGCAAUGUUAUCACGGGUCCGAGGGUGAAGAUUUUUUUUAAUUUAUCCAUUAUCCAAGGGGAACAUUUGCUUAAGCUUCUUGAAGAAAUGAGAAGGCAAAAGCGGGUACAACGUAAUAAUGAAUACUCAUCCAAGGUUGACAAUGGGCAUCAAAUUCAUGUCACUUACGAGCUAAGUGGCCAUGACAUUACUGGUGCUGAAAUUCUAAGUGAGUAUGCAUGGAUGUCCAUACCACCUAGUCCACCCCCAAGCCCUAACUUACAAAGGAUUUACGACUACCAGAGGCUUCAACUUCUUAAUCGGUGUGAUAAAGAUAGUGUAACAAAUGCAAAAAUAUUGAACUAUGAUUUGUCACAAGCCACCACAGCAAUGAAUAUUGCUUCUCAAUCAUCUUAUUGUCCAUUUCUCAAGCAGGUCAAUGAGACAACCAAUCAUGUUAAAGAUACAACAUCAGCAAAUCUAAGCUGUGAUUAG